AUGCGAUCAUAUACAUGCCAACACGGAAGUGCGAAGGUACCGGGGGGGGGCGGCGGGGCCCGGCGAGCAGCGGCGGCCGCUUGCAGCCCCUCGUUACCGCGCGGGUGGGGGACGGCGCGUUCGCUUGUCGAGCCCCUGCGCCCGGCACUGGCUGAAGAACGCGUCUGCGGGGCUCUCGCCGGAGCCACUGGCCCGGCUGUGGGGCGAGCAGAUGUCCCGAGCUUUUGCCGUGCUGCGCUGGACGUGCCCGCGCGCCUCUGUAACUUACGACUCAUUCACACGUUCCAGGAAGAUUCAAGCUGCCAAAUCUGCCGCUAUGGAACCUUUAAUGAUCAGCCCAAUGGUUCCUGUAAAAACUGGACAAAGUGCUCUGCAAACCAGGUCCUGGAGCCUGGAACUGCAGCAAAAGAUGUCAUCUGCAAACACGCUUCACAUAAUCCUACUUUAGUCACUACUCUACCCACCAUGUCUCCUGCAAUUCCAGUUUCUAUCACUGUGCCGGGGAAGGACCUCCAGGAGGACAUUAUCAGAAUUUCUCUGACUGUAGCUGGGCUGUUGUGCAUAGUGUUUCUGCUGCCUUUGUGCAUAUGCUUCAGUAUCUGGCAGAAAAAGAAACUACAUGCUGUCUUCAAGAAAAUGCAUAUCACACCUGAACAGUCAAUUCAGGAAGAUGAUGCCUGCAGCUGCCGCUUUCCUGAGGAAGAACAAGAUCCUGGGUGCCUGCCAGUUAAAGCAGCAGACUAUUCCUGAGAUACUCUGAAGCAAACUGGAUUGUAUUUGAAUGAAAAAAAAAACCCAACCAUCAGCUGAACACCUGAAAUCAGGGAAGAUCUCCCCUGUUUGUCCAACCUGUUUGCAUGACAAAAAUAAAUCAGGCUUUAUUUGAUUUACCAAGUACAAAACUCCAUACAAAGACACCUACUUUGUUUUAAGGAUGACUUAUCAUAGUAUAUCUUAAACCUGUUAAAUCUACUCUCAGUUUACAUAAUCCAAACUGAAACAAGCCAUUUCAAAACUGAAAUAAAAUGUCUGAGUUAUCCAUUUAAGUCAGUUU